UCCUGAUUUGGUUUGUCUGUUUAUUUACUUAAAACAUGUUAAAAAUAUGACAUAACGAAAAGGUUAAAUAGAUUGUGUUGUGUUUGUUAUUCAUCUAAUGAUGGUGCCGUUUUUUCACUCAUUAAUCACAAUUCUCUUGUAAUUAACAUCUUCCUGUUGGACUAAUUUUCAAUAAAACAGUUUCCCUGAUUGCAGAAAAUAUGCUCAAGCAAUAAACGUGGCAAACUAUCUGAACGAAAAACUGCCAGAUUUCGUUUUCGUUUGCGUAUCAAAACUUGGAAGAGAAUGGAACAACUAUUUGAUGGACUUGAACAACGAAAACGGAUGGAACUUUGUCGAGAGUCCAGUAAUCUGGAAGGAGCUCAUAUCGGGAGGCAAAAAACAUAAAAUUGGAGGACUGAGCGAGUUUUGGGAAUACUGUUAUGACUAUUACGGUCUUGUGUCUCACGCCUCGAGUGACACGGUACAAAAGAUGAUCAACGAAAAUUUACUGAUGUACGAGAGAGAAAGGAAGGUAUUCGCAGACGUACCGGGAAGAAUGGUGGUCAGUUUCUGCGGCGCCAACAGCAGCCUGACGGAGACACUGAUCUACGAACUGUUGAAACUGAAAGCGAUCAUUCCACGCGAAGGAAUCGAAAUUCGUCUGCAAGACGACAACAUGAGCGACUUCGGAGUCAGGGAGAAGAUGGAAUCUUUGGCAAGCUCCUUCAACCAGUUGGCCCUCUUCGGAUCGAAACCUUUUAUCAAAACUGUCGAUCAUCUGGACGGAGCGAUUAAUGACUGCGAUUUGCUCAUCACUUUCGUCAACUUCAAGAACACCAGGUACAAGAAGGAGACUGACGAAUUGCGUGUGGUCUGGCUGGAGGCGGAAAGAUUCGCCGACGUCCUCAACAAAUGGGGCAAACGUACGAUGAGGGUUUUGUUGUGCAAUUACAAUUGUCCCAACAACAUCUUCGCCAAUUUUCUAAUCGAAAUGGCCACCGCCAUCAAAAUUAAGAAUGUGGUUGUGCCGAUGGCGUUUUACGGCUUAAAAUAUCUGAACGCCGUGUCCAAAAGGACCGGGGUGAGUAUCGACCAAAUGGCGGCGCCUCCAGUUUGGGGCGGCAAAGUUGCGGGGGUUUAUGUUGACAUCAGGUCGACCAUUUACAAGGCGUACGUUUGUAUGCCCAACAAACGGUCUUUGACAGCUCCGGAAAAUUCGUGCUUGAGUUUCGGAAAGGUUGUGGCGGAGUUGAGGUAUUUGUCUCACAUGAUUGCCAACGAAGAAGAACUGCAGAAGGAAGUAGAACAAAAUACGAAUAAACAUGAAGGCAAUUUCGGGAAGAUUCGAGCGAUUAUGGAUCUCUUAAGGAUUUGGUACGAGAACGACCAUGAACCUGUAUUUAGUCUGGGUUCUUGUAGCAACGGUACCUUCGGUCUUCCCAAAGGGAUUGUCAUUUCCCAGCCUGUGUCUUUGGUCAAUGACACAUUUGUGCCUUGUAAAGAAUAUCCGGUGCCUGAAAGAACACUAAAAAUUAUAAAAAAUAUUGGCGAAAAAAUGAGGGACAUUCUAAAUCGGUACAAGGAAAUAGCUAUUGAAUACUUAGAAGCAAAACGAAUUUAUUCUGAAAAGUCUAUAUUGGAACGAAACAAAAAAACUGACUUUCAAAUCUAGCACGAAAUAAAAAUCUGUUCAAAUUUAAAAAAUAUAUAUUUUUCAAUAAAA